AUGUUAAUCCUCCAAUACCGGUCUGUUUCCGCCGCGCUACUUUUAUUAUCCCAGAUUGUCGGCACAUCCUUCGCUUUCAAAUUCACUCCUACUGGACAGACCGUUCAAUUAGAUGGAGCCUCCUAUUAUAUUCCUCCUAAUGUUGUAUCAACAAUCAGCGUCUCAAAGCCUCUAAAGAAAGCCUUGGACAGCGCUGGUGGAUUGCUUCCCUUUACUGUUGUCCAUGCAGACUCCUUCGGAUAUGGUGAGAAGGACUUCAGUAAGGACAUCGCUUCUUAUGUCUCUUCAGACGAUGUCUUCAGUAAAGGAUUCCUUGAAACUGUCUAUGUGCAGUAUUCGGGCACAUCUGGCCACAAAUAUCCAGGCUUCUCGGCGCCAAAACUGUCCGGCAACAACAGUGUCGGUGUAGUGUCCGUUGGGUUUGCCUCCAACACUUCAUCCAUUCCCACUGGUCCCUAUUUCGUGACUUCUACUGGCGCUGUCCACGAGGCAUGGAAACUCUUCAGUGAUUUUCAAGGUGCUUUCUUGGAAACCACUAUUGCCAACAAGGAUGGCUCGUUUUCGGUAUUGCCCGCCAAUGUCGAAGGACAAUCGCUGGCGAUUGCAGUACCUUCCCGCUUGUACUUCACAAAGACAGUUGGAAAGCCACUCGCGGGUGUCCGUAUAGGAAUCAAGGAUAUUUACGAUAUUGCUGGGUUGAGAACGUCCAAUGGUAACAGAGCAUGGUACCACUUUUACCCACCUGCAAACAAGACAGCCCUUGCUGUCCAACGGCUCAUCGACGCUGGCGCUGUCAUAGUGGGUAAGAUGAAGACUUCACAAUUUGCCAACGGAGAAGUCGCAACAGCAGAUUGGGUCGACUACCACGAGCCCUUCAACCCUCGUGGUGAUGGUUAUCAAGACACCUCAUCAUCCUCUAGCGGACCAGGGGCAGGAGCUGCUGCAUAUGAUUGGCUGGAUAUAACUUUGGGCUCCGACACUGGCGGUAGCAUCAGAAAUCCCUCACAAGUACAAGGCCUUUUUGGUAACAGACCUACAUGGGGCAUGGUCUCGCUUGAAGGUGUCAUGCCCAUGGCGCCACAGAUGGAUACUGCAGGCUUCCUAACAAGACACCCUGAUAUUUGGAUUGAUGCCUCCAAAGUACUCUACGGAGAUAACGUCACUCUCUCGCACGUUUACCCUUCAAAGAUUCAGACGAUAGGUUGGCCUACUUCUAACAGUUCUGAAGCCGAUGGUCUUCUCCUUUCCUUCUUGGAUAAGUUGACAACCUUCCUCAAUGCCACGUCCACCACCCUGAAUCUGACACAGCAAUGGUCCGAAAGCCAUCCCUCAAACGUCACAUCUUCGCUCAUCGACAUGAUGAACAUCACUUAUCCCAUUCUCAUCGGCCAACAAACGUCUUCGGUCCGCGACCCCUUCUACGCCGACUACUCUGCGGCAAAUUCAGGACGUCUCCCCUUUGUGAACCCUGUGCCCCUUGCUCGUUGGGGCUGGGCUGCAUCUUUUCCUCCCUCCACAGUCGAUGAAGCGAUAGCCAACAAGACUACCUUCGGCAACUGGAUCGACGAAACAGUGUUCGUAACCAAUGAGCAGACCUGCAGCGAGACUCUAGGGCUUUACGUAGGCAAUUCAGGAACCACCACCUACAGAAACGCCUAUCGGAGCCCCCCUGGGAUACCCACUGGUUUCUCGACCAGCAGAAUCUCCAUUUUUUCUGGUGUGCCCGAUUUUGUGUUGCCUAUUGGACAGGCAGCGUACAAGUCAAACAUUACGUUGCAGACGGAAUACCUCCCAGUCAGUGUUGAUAUCUUGGCGGCUAAAGGUUGCGAUGGCAUGAUCUUUGGUCUUGCGCAGGAUUUGGUCAAGGCUGGUGUUAUAGGUGCGACGAAGGCUGGAUACAGUGGUGUUACUGGCGAGCAGAUCCUUUUCUAG